ACUAAUAAUUACGGUAAAGUGAGUCUGACGUCCUUGCCCCUGUACAGCUCUGCGUUUGCUCUUCUACUACAUAUGUGAUUUUAAUCGGUUGUUGUUGGUGUUUUGAACCUCAAUUUAUGACGGUCACAAAAAUGGCUGCAUUGAUUAGGAGGAUCAUUAGCACAACGAGGGCACCAGCUGCGAUUGGUCCGUACAGCCAAGCAGUGGUGGUCGAUCGGACCAUGUACAUCUCAGGACAGCUGGGGAUGGAUCCUGUCAGUGGACAGUUGGUGGAUGGUGGAGUUAAGGAACAGACAAGACAGGCUCUGGUAAACAUGGGUGAGAUCCUUAAAGCUGCUGACUGUACUUAUGACAAUGUUGUCAAAACGACGGUGUUGUUGGCCGACAUGAAUGACUUCACUGACGUGAACAAUAUAUACAAGCAGUUCUUCCUCACUAAAUACCCAGCCAGAGCCGCAUACCAGGUUGCUGCUCUUCCUAGAGGUGGGCUGGUGGAAAUAGAAGCAAUGGCUGUUUUAGGCCCUUUGACAGACAGCAGCUAAGAAGGUUAUUCAUAAAAUAAUGUGACAAAAACAAAAUAAGGAUUUCUGCCUUUUUUGUAGAAAAUGAUUAAAAUCUUUUUAGCUGCAAUACCUCUGUCCAUGCAAUGAGUGCAAUAUUUAUUAUCAAGUGCACCCUCUAGUACAGGACUAUUCAAUUAUAAAUACAGUUGGACCAGAUUUUCAACUUAAGAAAUUCAGCUGGACCAGACAUUUUCAGUGGCUAAUCAAUAGUAGGUAACUUCAAAAUUCGACCAAAUUGAAAAAAAAAAAAAAAAAA